AUGGAACUCAAGCGAGAACAUUUUCGCGCCAUAAUUGAUUACAAGUUUCAGAGACAACUAUCGCAACAAGAAUUCCAUGCUGAGUUACUGUCUGUUUUCGGCAACGAAGCGCCACAUCAGUCGACAAUUUCCCGUUGGUAUGGAGAAUUUAAACGUGGACGGGUGAGUCUUAGCGACGAUCCCAGGCAGAAAGCAGCCAGGGUUAACUGCAUUGUUAGUGGUGAUGAAUCGUGGAUUUACUGUUAUGAACCAGAAAAUAAACGACAGUCGGCUGUUUGGAUGGUCGCGACAUUUGUGUCAAAAGCGGCUCAUAUUGCAACCAUUCCUCUUAAUGAGCAAAGAACUGUUACUGCGGAUUGGUAUACCACCAUUUGUUUGCCAAGAGUUAUCACCGAGCUUCUAAAAAUCAACCCCGAAAGAAGAAUCAUCCUUCACCAAGACAUUGCAAGCUCCCACACAGCCCAAAAAACAAGGCAGUAUUUAACGGAAGAAAGCGUAGAAUUAUUGGACCAUCCUCCAUAUAGUCCCGAUCUAAGUCCUAACGAUUUCUUUACUUUCCCGAAAAUUAAAAGCAGACUGCGUGGUCAAAGGUUCCAGUCACCAGAAGAAGCAGUUGACGCAUUCAAAAAUACCGUUUUGGAUCUGCCAGCAAACGAGUGGAAUAAGUGCUUUGAAAAUUGA